AUGUGGAGUAGGAUCUAUUCGUGGUUAGAAGUUGAGACCGUUCUCUCGCUGGAGGAGUUCAUGGAUUUUGGAACUAUUCAAACUAAGGUGAAAUCUCUAAUUGAUAGGAGGAGGAUUAACACUAUAUGGAUCGCUACUUCUUGGAGUCUUUGGCGAAUGCGCAAUGCUAUCAUUUUCGAGCAAAGCCAAUAUAGUUUUGAUGUAGUGUCUUAUAAUGUCAUGUUCUAUUCUUGGAGUUGGUUGGCUAGUAAGGAUAUGUUUUCUUCUUCCUCUAGUUUUUUUGAUUGGUACAUGACACCGCUAGGUUGCUUCAAAUCUUUGUAA